GCGCUAUGCAGAAAUUGGGCAUUGAGAGGACAUCUGCUCAAAUAGACAUAUCAAUACACUGAGGCUAAGUAGUUUUUAAGAGCUCUUGUCAUCUCUAAGCUUGCAAGGCCAUACCUCUACCCAAUUUAAGGAUUUUUGCAACAAACUCGGGUCCGUGGCUUCGAACAACAGAUCAUCUGUAUUAUGGAUGUAUAUACUACGGAUCCAUCAACGAUGCUCACGGCUGCUGCAGCCCUGAAGCUGGUGACGGCAUUCUUCGAGAAGGAGUGGCCUCAGACGAUCGAAGAGGAAAUUGAUUUGCGGAGGGUGACUGGAGGAUUUUGCCAUCGUUUACAUCUUAUAACUCGCAACAAUGAAGCCCGACAAGAGCCGAAGUCGAUACUGAUUCGUCACUUUGGCUUGGAAGGCAAUGAGAAUGAACCUCUUGAGAGCUCUACCACCUUGUCGGCUGCGGAACAAACCGUCAUUUAUCACGAGAUGGGCCGCAGAGGUUGGGGACCAAAGGUGUACGGCGUCUUUCGCGGUGGAAGACUAGAGGAGUACAUCGACGCACACGUUCUUACCGCCGCAGAAUCGAUGCAACUUGACAUCAGGCAUGACAUAGCUCGCAGUUUCGCCCGGCUGCAUUCUUUGGAACUUCCAUUUCGUAAAGACUCCUUCACACGAGUUAUCUGCGAGUUCAAAGGUGUAGCGAAUAAGAAGGCAGAGGCAGUGCAGAAGCUUCUUGGACUGAGAUCAUCAAAAGCCACUCAACUUGCUACAUUCAUCCGUAACAUGGACUGGAGCAGAGAGCUUGACUGGCUAUCAGAGCUCUUCGAAAGAUACAAGUGCAAGCGGUCCAUCGCAAUCAUAGACGUAAACUUCUCGAACGUGUUGGUGAAGAAUUACAAGAGCGAGAACCAGAUUCUUCUAAUUGACUACGAAACAGCAGCGUACAGCUAUAGAGGAAUCGAUAUUGGCGGCCAUUUCUCUGAACGAAUGUACUGCUGGAGCCACCCCGACAACGUUUUAUCUGGACAUCCUGCGCCAAAUCUAGAGGAACAGACCGCCUUUUGCGAGUCUUAUAUGCAAGAGAUGCAGGUCUUGGGCCAGGAAACAACAAACGAUACAGUUUCUCAUCUGAUUCUAGAAUCAGAAAUUGGUCGUAUGUACCAAAUGGUGUUCUCAUUUCUGAUGUGUAUAAGGUUCGAAGGGUUUGAGAGCAGCUCCCCACUCGUAGUUGGGCUUGUCAACAUGGCUGAGAUCUACUGUCAGCUGAAACAUGACUUUGCAUCGCGCCAUGAAACACCUUGUUGAAGGCGAGGCGAGAACGGAUAUUGACGUCGUUAUGUCCUUUGUCACACCGGCGAGUCAGACGGAUCCAAGACUGGUUAAGGCUCUCGAAAGUAGGAAAGGCUUAGUCGAAAGCAUACCACAUCCCUUGAUCCACUGAUCACUUUAGAUUAGGAAGCUCCUAGUCUGCUAUAGACUAUGAUGUCGCUCCUUGGUUCGCUUUUUGAAACUGCGACACGUCCGAAAGCCUGAACGAGCCCCAGGAUCAAGCAUCGGAAGAUGAAUUAUAACACAGCAAUAUGAGCCUCAUCAUUUCCGCAAGGGAGAUGCCAGUGUUGCCUCCUGGCUGCCACGUUUUCUGCAGAAUUGAUAUCCUAGAUCAUGUUCCGAUUCACCGCUAAUUCCGCCAAUUCCGCCAGUGACGCUCGCAAGCAUC